GGAUCUUGUGUCGGUCAACUGUACUGUCACAGAGAAUUUAAGACGAUAGAGCAACAAAGAUGGGCAUGGAUGCCAACGGCACGGAGGGCCAGAACUUCUACAUCCCCAUGUCCAACAGGACUGGGAUUGUUAGAAGUCCUUUUGAGUACCCUCAGUUCUAUAUGGUGGACCCCAUCAUGUACAAGCUUCUAGCUGCCUACAUGUUUUUCCUGAUCAUCACUGGAACUCCCAUCAAUGCACUGACGUUGUAUGUGACAUUCACAAACAAGAAGCUUCAGCAACCUCUCAACUUCAUCCUGGUGAACCUGGCUGUGGCCGGACUCAUCAUGUGCGCCUUCGGCUUCACCAUCACCAUCACAUCUUCUUUUUAUGGCUACUUCAUUCUUGGACCCCUCUUCUGCACUCUUGAGGGAUUCAUGGCCACACUCGGAGGGCAAGUUGCUCUCUGGUCCCUGGUCGUCCUGGCUGUUGAGAGGUACAUUGUCGUUUGCAAACCCAUGGGAAGCUUCAAAUUCACCGGCUCCCAUGCUGGAGCUGGAGUCCUUUUCACCUGGAUCAUGGCUAUGGCUUGUGCUGCACCCCCACUUGUUGGCUGGUCCAGGUACAUUCCUGAGGGCAUGCAGUGCUCCUGCGGACCUGACUACUACACUCUGGCUCCAGGCUUCAACAACGAGUCAUACGUCACAUACAUGUUUUGUUGUCACUUCAUGGUUCCUGUCUUCCUCAUUUUUUUCACGUAUGGAAGCCUGGUGAUGACAGUCAAAGCUGCAGCCGCCCAGCAGCAGGACUCAGCUUCUACUCAGAAAGCUGAGAAGGAAGUAACACGUAUGUGCCUCUUGAUGGUGUUGGGCUUUCUGGUGGCCUGGGUACCGUAUGCCAGCUUUGCUGCCUGGAUCUUCCUGAAUAAAGGAGCUGCCUUCACAGCUCUGACAGCAUCCAUCCCUGCUUUCUUUGCAAAGAGCUCAGCCCUGUACAACGCUGUCAUCUACGUGCUGUUGAACAAACAGUUCCGUAACUGCAUGUUGAGUACUAUUGGGAUGGGCGGCAUGGUGGAGGAUGAGACCUCCGUUUCAACAAGCAAGACAGAAGUCUCUACUGCAGCUUAAGGAUCAUUUGUCUUAAUCGCGAUGACUUCUUUAAGUCAAGUGGACACUAUCCUCAAAGAUUAUGUUCAUACUUCCAAAAGUCCAUUCAAAAAAAGUUUGGAACUUUUGCCAAAUGAUUUUAUGGAAUUCACGACUCUGGACCAAACACACUGAGGAAUUCUUACUCUCUUCGUAUUUGUUAAAAUGAACAAGUGGAAAGUCACUUGGGAGUUCCCUUGUACAGCAUUUGUGUGUGUGUGUGUGUGUGUGUGUGUGUGUGUGUGUGUGUGUGUGUGUGUGUGUGUGUGUGUGUGUGUGUGUGUGUGUGUGUGUGUGUGUGUGUGUGUGUGUGUGUGUGUGUGUGUGCACAAAUGAAUCAGUGAAUAAGUGAAAGAAUCUGAGUGAUCCCUAAACUCUGAACUCAGAAGACAUACUGUAAACCCUGGAGAAUAUGUUUCCCUGCCACUUGUUUUACUCAUGUACAAAAUAUGUUAUUUUUAUGCGCUUUAUGUAAAAACAAACUAUAGAGUGGAGUAUGUAAUAAAUGCAUAUAUAAAAAGAAA